UAAAUAAAGGUUAAAUAAAAAUACAAAUCUGUUUAUGUUCACAACGUCAUCAUUCUGUGUCGCUGUUGGGGUCUUAGAGACGUCAUGUGUACACACACCCCCAUCCUCAGAACUUCAUGUUGACAACUAUGCAAAGAUGUUGCAAAUGAAAAAUCGUAUAAAAUAUUGCUCUUUGGCAAUUGCUGCGACCAGGUUGUUUUCGUCUGGACCCGUCAAGAACCCAGUCGUGUAUUUUGACAUCGCAGCUGACAACGAACCUCUCGGACGAAUCAUUAUAGAGUUGAAUGCAGCUGCUGUGCCCAAAACAGCAGAGAACUUUAGAGCACUGUGCACUGGGGAACAUGGCUUUGGAUACAAAGGAUCAGUGUUCCACAGAGUGAUUCCUGAGUUCAUGUGUCAGGGAGGAGAUUUCACACAUCACAACGGGACUGGAGGGAAGUCCAUAUACGGGACCAAGUUUAAAGACGAGAACUUCAAACUGAAACAUACUGGGCCAGGUAUCUUAUCCAUGGCAAAUUCAGGGGCAAACACGAACGGUUCUCAGUUCUUCAUCUGCACAGUUAAAACUGAAUGGUUGAAUGAUAAACACGUGGUCUUUGGUCAAGUGAAGGAGGGCAUGGAGGUAGUCUUCAAGAUGGAAUCCUUUGGUUGUCAUGACGGUGGUGUGGUAAAGAAAAUCGCCAUCACGGACUGUGGGGAGAUCAAGUAAAAUACACAGACAGACAGGUUGGAGAAGGUCACUAUGGACAACAACUCUUGGAAACGUCCAAGUUUUUUGCUCUUCUGUUUUCCUCACCCAAUUAAAGAAUGACAACCACAAAUACACCAGCUGUCUCUCAUACAUGUAGUCUCUUGUCAGCUGUCUCUCAUACAUGUAGUCUCUUGUCAGCUGUCUCAUACAUGUAGUCUCUUGUCAGCUGUCUCUCAUACAUGUAGUCUCUUGUCAGCUGUCUCUCAUACAUGUAGUCUCUUGUCAGCUGUCUCAUACAUCUAAUCUCAUUGUCUUUGGACAAUGUGUUCUCCCUUCACACACACACUUACUCUAUAGCAUUUAUACUGUCUGUACUCAUGACAACUUCUCAUGUUCAUAGCCUGUGCUUUAUACAUUCAAGAGUUGUUGUAUGGAGAGGUUUGGACUUUGGAGUAAUUCAACACUGGUACUAAGAUACCUCUGAAAUGGGUGCUUUUUAUUCUAGAUGUCACUAAUAUUUUUCUAAAGAAAAUCAUCUAUAAACUAUUUAAGGCAUGUAUGAUGGACCCGACACCUGUAGAAUGUAUAAAAUAAUGUUGUACAUUUACUGCCAAAUAAAUCUAUGUUUUUAGAUUUGA